AGUACGGCAACGGCAACGCUGUUCAUUUCGCUAAUCGCUACAUCGCGAUUAGCAUCAGCUUGUUCGUGAAAAAUUAAAUUGUUUUCAAUAGUAAUGCAAAUAGUUUUUAACAAAUUUAGAAUAAUUCAGAGUUCAAUAUUUAGAAUAGGUGGUGUCUGCUUGUGAUGUGUUUACUUUUAUUUGAGACAUAAUGGGCGGCGUAUAUUCCAUAAGAGAGUUGAUUAGAGGGACAGAUUCUCAGUAUAUCUCUGACCUCUCAGAUAGUUCUGAGGAAGAAAGUGAUACGAAUCUGGAAGAACAAAGUGUGGAUUCGCCUGGUCUAGAACCUGCCACGCCAGCUAGAAGUGCACCUCCUGCUAAUAUGACACUUGAUGCUGCAUUGAGAACUAACGUAAGCUUACCCAAAGCUAAUGAAGUUCUGAACAAAGACAAAGUUCUCGAUAUAGAGAAUUCCUUGGAUACUGAAGAAAUUGUAUCUUUGGUGUUUUUAUUAUUCGAAGAUAUACCCUACGCACUGCAAGAGCUUCAUUCAUUAUUAAAUGGUAGUCCUGAUAAGAAGAUUCUUUAUAACUGGGCUUCCAUUCAAGAAGUACGACAAACUAACUGGAAAAACCAGUUCGUAGAAGCUCUUUGUGUAAUAAAAAACUAUGAAUCUUUAAGAAAAUUAGGUUUCAGAAAAGAACCUACAAUCGAUCAUUUUCUUCCUCACAAUGGUGCAGCCAGCAUUCAUUUGAACAAAAUCAAGAAGGCCGCCUACCUGAUAUGUGAAAAUCUUGAUUCAGCAAAAACCAAAACCCUUCUGGAUUAUGUAGAAACCCAGUUUCCCGAAGAGAACACAUUGUUCAAUAAAUAUAAUGCUGAUUACCUUGAGCUUUGUUUCAUGAAUUGGGAAGUCACAAAAAAAAUUAAGUUGUCAGAUGUGAAAAAAAUUCUCAAAGCGAUGGAAGAAGAGCACCUCUGCAACAUUAUUGAAGAGGUAUUACUAUCUACGAAUGAUUCAGAUAGAAGUGGAAUGAAUUUGUUGAAGCGGUGGUGGUGUGUGUUCUGUGGUGGUGGUGGUGUGUGUUGUGUGGUGGUGGUGGUGUGUGUUGUGUGGUGGUGGUGGUGUGUGUNUGAUUACAACUCUGUAUCUAUCAGAGAUGCUUUCUUCAAGCAAAAUCUACCCAGUACGUCAAACUCAAACACUAAUAGACCAAAUACUUCUACAACCAGUGUUGACAAUCAAAUGCAGCAAGACUACGAAAAGUACAAUCCUUUCAUGGAUUAUCAGUUACCUGUUGCCAGUGUGACGAAAAAUAUGAGCGAUGAUAAAAAUGAGACUUGCUAUUAUGUGAACCCGAAUAACCCCGGACUGGUUUUGAUUAUAAACCAGGAGAACUUUUAUACAGAAAUUGAUCCACAAUACAAGGAAUUAUUGCCUCCUGAUACAACAGACAAACUGGAAUCUAGAUUAGGAACAGAAAAAGAUCGGGAUAAUCUGGAGAAAAUUUUUAGAAAAUAUGGAUUCAAAGUAAUAGUGGUGAAUGACUUGACCCACAUUGAAAUGGUGGAAAAGAUAAGAGAAGUAGUUAAACUAGUCACAGACGAGUCCAGUUUAUUCAUCUGUAUACUUAGUCAUGGAGAUAAAGGGAUUGUUUAUGGAUCAAACAGCUGUAGAGUGAAAGUAAACCGAAUACAGGAUAUAAUGUAUAAAUUCAAUAAAGCUAAUUUGACAGAUAAGCCGAAAGUGCUUAUUCUGCAAUCCUGCCAGGGUCAGCAGUGUCAAAAAAUUGAAGAAGAAGUAGAAGAGCUCACUGAUGAUGACGACUUAUCUCUUACAACAGAUGGAGCAUCUGCUCCUUUCAGAGAUAUGUUAACGUUUUGGGCAACAAUUCCUGGUUAUGCGGCCAUCAGAAAUAAGAGAACAGGAUCGUGGUUCAUCCAAGCUUUAUGUAAGAAGAUGGAAGAAAUUGGAAAUAGACACCAUUUCGCAGACAUUUGCACAAGAAUAGCACAAGAAGUCACCAGCCAAGUUUGGACUAGUGAAACCGAAAAGAAGGCUAUGACACCUUUCGUUCAAACCACACUGUUGAAAGACUUUUAUUUGCCCGAAUUGAAAGAUAAGUCUUAAGGUGUUUCACUGACAGGAAGGAGAAUGAAUAUUAUUUGAUGUAAUUUUUAUAUAAGAGGAUUGUUUUGAGCCAGUUUGUUUUUUGUAGACAUUAUUUUAGAAAAGAAGAAAACGCAUUAAAAUGAAAUGUGUAUCGUUCAUUAUCUA